AAAAAUCGUAAUAGUGUUCCAGACAGUAGAAGAAAGCUUAUUCUUCUUUUUUUUCUUUCUUAAUCGCUGAUUUUUGUUUCCAUUGGGACGUUUUGGGAUCUCAAAGUUCUUCAGACAGUCCCCAGGCUUCGGACAAAGAUCCUGAGACUGUUAUGUGCUGAUUGAUUACUGUUGCAAUGGAGAAACGAAAGAGAGAGUCAUCUGAGAGAAGCUUUGGUGAAACAGAGUCGGUGUCUUCACAAUCUGAGAAGGAUUCUGAAAUUCAACCUGAGAGCACAAUAGAGUCUCAUGAUGAUGGGAAACAAUCAGUGGAGGAGGUUUCUUUGGAAGUAGAAACCGAAACUGAAGACUUGAAAGAUAGCAUGAGGACUUUAACAGAGAAACUUUCAGCUGCUCUUGCAAACGUGAGUGCUAAAGAUGAACUAGUGAAGCAACAUGUCAAAGUCGCUGAAGAAGCUGUUGCUGGGUGGGAGAAAGCUGAGAAUGAAGCGGUUGAGUUGAAGGAGAAGCUUGAAGCUGCCGAUGAUAAGAAUAGAGUGUUGGAAGAUAGAGUUAGCCAUCUUGAUGGAGCUCUCAAGGAGUGUGUUAGACAGUUAAGGCAAGCAAAAGAUGAACAAGAGCAGCGAAUUCAAGACGCUGUGACCGAGAGAACUCAAGAGCUGCAAUCUUCUAAAACCAGCCUAGUGAACCAGAUUCUUGAAGCUGCCACCAAAUCCGAGGAGCUUAGCCAAAUGGCAGAAUCUGUGGCGAAGGAGAACGUGAUGCUGAGACACGAGCUUCUUGCACGAUGCGAAGAGCUAGAGAUCAGAACGAUUGAGAGAGAUUUGAGCACGCAAGCAGCUGAAACUGCUAGUAAGCUGCAGUUAGAUAGCAUAAAGAAAGUGGCGAAACUCGAGGCUGAGUGUAGGAAGCUUCGGAUGUUGGCUAAAUCAUCAUCAUCGUUUAAUGAUCAUCGAUCUACUGAUAGUCAUUCGGAUGGAGGAGAAAGAAUGGAUGCGAGUUGCUCAGAGUCAUGGACAUCAUCUACAUUGAUUGAAAAGAGAAGCCUUCAGGGAACUUCUUCUUCAAUUGAAGUUGAUCUCAUGGGUGAUUUUCUUGAGAUGGAACGUCUUGUAGCUUUGCCCGAGACACCAGAUGGAAAUGGUAAGAGUGGACCUGAGUCUGUCACAGAAGAGAACUUGUUGGCUGCUGAAAUAGAAGUAUUGACUUGCCGGAAUAAGGAACUUGAAGAGAAGUUGGGGAAGCUAGAAGCGGAGAGAGAUGAGCUCGUUAAAUGUGAGAGAGAAGUGGUGAGCACAUUGAGAUUUGAGCUCGAAGCUAUCGUUUGUGAUAAAGUGGAGCUAGAAAAUAAGUUGGAGAAGUUAGAAGCAGAGAAAGAUAGGCUCGAAAGCGAAGUGAAAUGUAAUAGAGAAGUGGAGAGCACAUUGAGAUUUGAACUUGAAGCUAUAGUUUGUGAUAAAGUGGAGCUAGAAAAUAAGUUGGAGAAGUUAGAAGCAGAGAAAGAUGAGCUCGAAAGCGAAGCUAAAUGUAAUAGAGAAGUGGAGAGCACAUUGAGAUUUGAGCUUGAAACUAUAGUUGGUGAUAAAGUGGAGCUGGAAAGUAAGUUGGAGAAGAUGGAAGUUGAGAAAGCUGAGCUGCAGAUAUCUUUUGAUAUAAUCAAAGAUAAGUAUAAAGAAUCUCAAGUUUGUCUCCAAGACAUUGAAACAAAGCUAGAAGAGAUACAAAAGGAGAUGAAACUGGCCAACGAACUAAAAACAGAAGUUGAAUCUCAAAUCAAAUCCAUGGAAGCAGAGGCACAGAGUAAAUGUGCAAAGAUCGAAUCCUUGGAAGAAGAGGUGAGAAAGGAGAGGUUUGCUUUAGAUGAGCUUAGAAGAAAAUGUGAGGCUCUUGAAGAAGAAGUGUCUCUCCAUCAAGAAAACGCAAUCAAGAGAGAAAAUAUAGAACCAAAGAUCAAACAGGAAGACAUGGUAACAGCUGCGGGGAAACUGGCGAAUUGUCAGAAAACAAUAGCUUCGUUGGGGAAACAGCUGCAAUCUCUCGCAACGCUUGAAGAUUUCUUGAUCGAUACAGCGAGAAUUCCAGUGGCUACAAAUGGUGUAAGCAGCAGUAACACAGAGAGUUGGAAAGUACACAAGAAUGAAACUUUCAUGGCGAGAAAUCAUCCCGAGUCCAUCAAACCAGCUAAAGAAACAUCUUUAUCUUCAUCUUCUUCUUCUUCUUCUUCUUCUGUUGGUGCUGCUUUGGCGCCAGUUUCAUCAAAUCGAGGGAGUUCAGAGAAGAAUCGCAAUGGAUUUGCUAAAGUAUUCACUCGAAGUAAAGACGGGAUCCAUCUAGCCAUUUAGCAUAGCUUUGGCUCUAGGCAGACACAAUCUUCUGUUAGGUUGAAAGAUCCUUUUAACGGUUAUUAACACCUCUUUGUUCCUUUUCCAGAUUUUGUAUCCUAAUCUAUAAUGUUAUCUUUAGUGUAUUCAAGGGAUUUUCAA